AUGACGGAAGAAAAGAAAGAGACACAUUCUCCGAGAAGAAAGGACCAGGCCAGAAGUGAACUUGAACCAAAGUAUAGAUUUGAGAGAUGCCAAGAAGUAAAAGGAGUAUGUAAAACAUUUUGUGAUGAUGUUGAGUAUGAUUAUGGAUACUGCAUUAAAUGGAGAAAUCAGUGCUGCAUAUAA